CGCCUGCUCCCAAUCCGGCCAGGCUCUCCAAUCGCUUGCAGAGAUCAUCGCUUUACCCAGGCGGUUGUGUCGAUCUCCGCUCCAAUUGGAGACAGGGGCCAAACCAUGGCGGAGAAGACUCAAAAGAGUGUGAAGAUUGCUCCUGGAGCAGUUGUUUGUGUAGAAAGUGAAAUCAGGGGGGAUGUAACUAUAGGGCCUAGGACAGUGAUCCACCCUAAGGCACGAAUUAUUGCGGAAGCUGGGCCAAUAGUGAUUGGCGAAGGCAACCUGAUAGAAGAGCAGGCGCUCAUCAUAAAUGCUCAUCCUGAUAACAUCACCCCUGACACUGAAGAUCCAGACCCCAAACCUAUGAUCAUUGGCACCAAUAAUGUGUUUGAAGUUGGCUGUUAUUCCCAAGCCAUGAAAAUGGGAGAUAAUAAUGUUAUUGAAUCAAAAGCAUAUGUAGGCAGAAAUGUGAUAUUGACAAGCGGCUGCAUCAUCGGGGCUUGUUGCAACCUGAAUACGUUUGAAGUCAUCCCUGAGAACACAGUGAUCUAUGGUGCAGACUGCCUUCGUCGGGUGCAGACUGAGCGACCACAGCCCCAGACACUCCAGCUGGACUUCCUGAUGAAAAUCUUGCCAAACUACCACCACUUAAAGAAGACUAUGAAGGGAGGCUCCACUCCAGCUAAGAACUAAGACCAACAUGUGAUGCCGAGAUGACACUGGUCUUUGACCACUGUCUUUUGAAAGGGCCACAGUGUUUCGGCACUCCUAGCAGUUGACAGAAUAAUGCAUGUUGACUUGAUUUUGUAAAAUUGAGUUCCAGAGGAAAGUAAUGGAUUUUCAUUGUAACUGUCCUCCAUAAUUUAUAUAAAAUGUAUUAUUUUCCUAUAUCCUCUCCCCUUUCCUGAUAAUUUUCUGAUUUCUUUUAUUUUCCUUUUGUUAUUUAAAAUGUUAGCCACAAAUUUUAGUUAGAAAAAAGACUCCCUAUGAUAAGAAAGGGCAAAUUGUUGUGUAUUUAUAUUCUAGCAUAUACUAAACUAAAUAAAAAUGUUGAUGACACUACUUUUAGUGAACAUACUUUAUCAGUUUUUCUACUUGUAUUAACUUCCCCAAAAUAGCUCUUUUAAUUUUUAUUGUGUACUAGCUAUAUUAAAGCUAAUGUGUUUAUCUUUUCCUUUUGUGGAUUUGUAGCUGUUUAAAAUUUCAGGAGAAAUUUCAACAGCUAUUGAAUUAAUUUAGGCUUCAUUUUGUUUCCAAGAAAAAAAAAUUUUUUUCUUUUUCGUAAAACAAAAAUAAUCAGAGAAAGACGUGUUCAGGAAACUACAAAGUCAAAAAGAGUGAUGUCUGAUGAAAAUGUCAAGUAAAUGACCAUUGAGUGGUAUUUCUCGGUUUCUGAGGACAAACUAAAAGAGAUUUUGAUGUAUUUAUAAAUUUAUGAAGUUAUUUUGGUAUAUUACUAAUCACUAAUUAUUGUUAUAAUUCUAUUUAAUUAUAUAAUGGGCAAAAUAUUGAGGAUUUUAUUGUAAUUCCAAGUUUUUUAAGUAAUUCAAGUGCAUACAUUUAAUGGAGCAUACUUUUCAACUUGUGAAUUAAUCAAUGUUGAUUAAUACUAAGACAUUAAAUACUAAAAUACUUUCUCUUGAAA